AUGAAAUAGACAUACAAUCCAAAUAGAGAAUACCUUUCAAUUUAUAAAUAAAUUUGUUAGGAAUAACAUGUGCAUUUAAGCAAAGCCAUAAGUACAUUUUUGGAUGAUCUUUCGUAGCUUAAGGUUUGAAGGAUCAAUCCCUAAGAUUGAAUGCCAUAUUGAUAAGAAUCGAGGAUAUAAUUCCAUUGUAAUUAUUGUUGAGUUUGUGUCACUUUGAUUCAAUAUUAGUGUAUGGAAGAUUGAGAAAGAAAAUGAACAAAAGUAUUAAUAAGUUUAAGUUUGUGUAGAUGAUUUAGUAAGUUUGGAGGAAUUACAACAAAUAAUCAAUGGUAUAUUGACAGCCAUCAAUUUGAAUUUGACAUAGACUCAAUUCAAUUUAAUGCAUUUACACAUCACUGAUUUGAUUUUGAGUCCAAAAGAUUGUGAAUCCAUCUCAUUUGGAUUGAAGAGUACAAAAACAUUAAAGGAACUUAAGAUAACGAAUUGCAGUUUGACUAGCUAACAUUUAUAAAUACUAUCUGAGCCAAUCCAAUAAUGUGUUUCAUUGAAUUUGUUAGAUUUAUCAAACAAUUUAUUGAAGGAGAAUGCUGGGAUGAUAAUUGGUAAGAUAAUCAGUUCACAUGCAGGUAGAAGAGAUGAAAUGAAAUGGGCUGAGGAAAUAAGAGGCGAUGGUAAUAUAAUAAAUAAACAAUUAGAGCCUCCUUAAUAGUUGGCAUUGUAAGGAUUAUGUGAGAUAUUUCUGCAUUAGAAUAUGUUCGAUGAUAGAUGUAUUAAAGAUUUGUGUAAUUUUUUGAUGUAUGAUUCUUGGACUAAGAACAUUGGUUUGAGGGAAAAUCAAAUAGGAGAAGAAGGAGUUAGAUUGUUUAGUUAGAUUUUGGAUACAAAUGAAUCCUUAAUCUCUUUGGAUCUGAGAGAAAAUCCAGGCUUCGUUGAACCAUAUUCUAAGGACAUCUUUGACAAGUUGGUUCGGAACAUCAAAUUAUUCAAGGAGCAAAAGAAUUAUUACGAAGAUGUGGAAGAGAAUUAGUAAGACGAAUAUCCUAUCAUUUAAGAGUAAUAACAAGAGGAGUCUGAAGAAUUAGGUUAGUAGUUUAUUUUAGUUAGAAUGUCCUAAUUGCAAAGAUUUAUUGAGGUAGAAUAAACAGUUACAAAAGAGGAUCUAAUAAUUACAAAAGAGACCCAGAUAUGAUUCAUAAUUGAUGAAUUCAGACAUCAAUAAGGAAGAUUAGCAAUCAGGGGAUCUGUUGAUUCAGAUAGAGAAUAAGAUGAACGAGUUGACUACUCUAAUGGAUAUGUUGGAAUAAUAGAAAUAAUAAUAUUAAUAAUAGUAGUAGUCUGGAAGCAAGGGGAAAAAGAAAAAGAAGAAAAUACUGAAGUAAAACAUUUGAUAUUUAAUUUAUUUUAUUAUUAUCAGAUAUAAGUAUAUU